GCGCGCAGACGACGGGUUUACCGACGAUCAUGGGCGGCGUCUCUCGUCUGCUAAGUUUUGGCAGCUUAUUUUCAUUGCUGAUGAUACUGUCCAGAAUCUCGCAAUGUGAUGCACAAAAUAUUUCAGAGUUUUACUACCGCUAUGACGGUGCCCACAUUUACGGGGGUAGGCCCUACCCUGGGACCUUCCACAACUACAUUGAUUGUAUGCGCGCGUGCCACAACAUGUCUAGUUGCCUAGCAACAGACUGGGACGGCAUCAUUCGGUCGUGUUGGUUCCAUGACGCCGAGACCGCGUGCGGGGUGUUGAUGCCGAGGCCAUCUUCAAUCAGCCUGGGGAAGAAAACGGCGUGUGUUGGUGAUCAGCCCCUACAAUUCUAUUACCGUUACAAUGGCUACCACAUCAAAGGAGGGGAACAGUACCUAGGAACGUUCGACAGCUCUGUGUCCUGCACGCGCUUGUGUGACGGCAUACCUAGUUGCUUGGCAACGGAUUGGAAUCAAAACUCCAAGACGUGCUGGCUCCACACCUCGCUGACCGGAUGUGGGGAACUGAUGCCGAAGCAAAACUGCAUUUCUUUCAUGAAAGAGAGUGCAUGCCCAAACAGGAAUACAACAGCUGAUUCAGUGUUGAUUCUUCAUUGAUUCACAACGUUGAGUUUUUGUUGAACUUAUUAUUGAAAGUGGACAUUUGUGUCAACGUUGAAAAAAUACACUGAAUCAAUGUUGGAAUUCAACAUUGAAUCACAAUAAUCACAAUGUUGUUUGAAUAUUAUAAAUCUCGACGUUGAGUAUAAAUUAAUUUUACAUUGAUUUACAGUUGAUUUAACAUUGACUUAGUGUUAAGACAAACAGCAAUGGAUCUUUAUUUUGUAACUGCAUAAAAGGAAAAAUGAUGCAAAUAAAACUAAAUUUUAAGUAGCCUAUACAUAGUGUACAGCUCAAUAAAAUCUAAUAAGCACUGGGCUUCAGGCCCAUGGAAGUUAAAGGUCACAAAUUGAAAAUGGUUUUAGAUGAAUCCUAUUUUCAAGCAUAACCUGUAAUAAUUAUCAUCAUCAUCGCCCCGAUCCUCCACAUAUCGAAGAUUGUCGGCACACUCCAUGGACCAAGUCCCUGCACUUCUUUCUAUCAACUGCUGUCCUCGUGACCUCUGUUAAACUUUUUUCUUGUCCAUUUUUGUAUGUUGGAUUUCCAUCCAAACCUCAGCCUGCCUCGUUUUGUCUUUAUUGGAACGCGUAGAAAUGUUGAUGUAAACAACUCUAAUUUUCCAAUCGCAGUUGGUGGCCCAGAAAAAAUAAGCUUCCUUUCCUUGAUCUUGUUCAAUAAUUCAUUCGUAAGUCCAAGUUCCGCAAGAACACUGUCGUUCGUUCUCCUUUCCCACCAUGAGAUGCGUAACAUUCUUCGAUAAUUUUACAUUUCAGUUGCAUCUUUUCGUUUUUCCUCCUUUUUGAUUACCCAUCCUUCGAACCCGUACAUGAGCACUGGCCAUAUCAAGGUCUUCACUAUGCAUGGGUUCCCAUACUUAGAUCGAUCCAUCUGGAUCCACCUAAC